AUGGCAGUGCUGUUGCCGACUGAUCCCUCUCCAUCGACUGUUUCUCUAUCUCUCACCGCACUGACAUCCCUCUCCAUCCGCGAAAUUGAGGAUGCAGAGCAGUUGCCUGUGGAAUUGUUUCAGUCUCUCCAGUCUCUUGAAAUCGGGGAUUGCCCACGUUUGAAAGCACUCCCUCUGGGGGCAGUCCUCCGAUCCAUAUCCACCCUUGAGACGCUGAUAAUUUCUGAUUGCCCAGAGCUUGAUUUAUCCACCGAGAAUGAUGGCGACGACGACGAUGGUGGUAAUGCUGAAGGCAUGACCGAUCUUUUGCAGCUACAGGGCCAUCAUAAACUUCGCCAUCUAACUAUCAAAGGAAUUCAUAAGGCGGAGUGUUUGCCUGGGUGGUUCCAGUACCUCUCCAAUCUCCAAAGUUUAACCAUUGGAAAUUGCGAGGGCUUGAAAUCUCUUCUGCCUGUAAGACUGAGUCUUCCGCUUCUCACCACCCUCGACUCGUUGGUGCUAUACAUCUGUCCAGAACUUGACUUAUCAAUAGGGGAGUCAGAAGACAUGCCGAUGGCGGCUUAUUCUCAGUUCACUAAACUCCGCAAUUUGGUAUUCUACGACAUAAAAAAAAUGGCGGCUUAUUCUCACCUCACUAACCUUGAAGAUUUACGCAUCCAAUGCUGCAAUAAUCUGAAGGCUUUGCCUGAGUGGUUUCCCAAUCUCACCUCACUCAAAUAUCUUGUGAUUGUUAACUGUGGGGAGGAGCUGACAAGAAGGUGCCAAGGGAAAAACGGAGGAGGAGAGGACUGGCCUAAGAUUUCUCACAUCCCGCAGCUCGUGGUUGUUCGCGCUGACUUGAAUGGGCACCUCAAGUCUCUAUGA